CAGAGACACUCAUUCCGCCCCCCCUGCCAAUUUCUUCUCAGUUGCCAUUUCUCGCAUUGACACGCUCUUUCUCCUUCUUCUUCUCCUCACAUUUUUCUGAUUUAAUUUUUUCCAACAAGGUCAGCUCGAUCGAAGAAAACCCAGAAGAAGAAGAAGUCAGCUGCAGUUUCUUAUACGGAUUGAAAUUUGUUUGCAAUGACUUGCUGAUUGUUCGGCUGGUGUUUGAUAAAAGUCAGUAAAAGAAGAGCGCCUUUGAGCUUUUGGAGUGGCAAAUGGGCAACUGUUUAGAUUCUUCUGCUAAAGUCGACACCGCACAGAGCUCCCUUGGAACUUGGGGAUCAGGGGCUUCCAAAGUUUCCAACAAAACUAGCCCUUCCUCAGCUCCCUCCACUUUGACCGUCCCGUCAUAUAAUGGAAGGAGCAGUGGUUCAAGUCUUCCUACCCCAAGGACUGAAGGAGAAAUAUUGUCAUCUCCAAAUUUGAAAGCCUUCUCAUUCAAUGAGCUAAAGAAUGCCACCCGAAACUUCCGCCCUGACAGUCUUCUCGGUGAAGGAGGAUUUGGUUAUGUUUUCAAAGGAUGGAUUAAUGAGAACACGUGGACAGCUGCAAAACCAGGGUCCGGAAUGGUUGUUGCUGUCAAGAAGCUCAAACCUGAGGGUUUCCAAGGCCACAAGGAGUGGUUGACAGAAGUAAAUUAUCUUGGUCAACUCCAUCAUCCAAAUCUGGUUAAGCUUAUCGGGUACUGCUUGGAGGGUGAGAACCGCCUUUUGGUGUAUGAGUUCAUGCCGAAAGGAAGCUUAGAGAAUCAUCUGUUUAGAAGAGGGCCGCAACCACUUUCAUGGGCAACAAGAAUGAAAGUAGCCAUAGGCGCUGCAAGGGGGCUCAGUUUUCUUCACGAGGCGGAAUCACAAGUCAUAUAUCGUGAUUUUAAGGCUUCCAAUAUUUUACUAGAUUCGGAAUUCAACGCGAAGCUUUCUGAUUUUGGCUUGGCCAAGGCUGGUCCCACUGGUGACAGGACUCAUGUGUCUACUCAAGUCAUGGGUACUCAAGGCUAUGCUGCACCCGAAUAUGUAGCUACAGGUAGGUUGACUGCUAAAAGUGAUGUCUAUAGUUUUGGGGUUGUACUGCUGGAACUAUUGUCUGGAAGGCGAGCUGUUGAUAAAACAAAAGUUGGUGUGGAGCAGAAUCUGGUAGAUUGGACGAAACCAUAUUUGGGUGAUAAAAGAAAACUAUUUCGGAUUAUGGAUACCAAGUUGGAGGGCCAAUAUCCCCAGAAAGCAGCUUAUACAGCUGCUACUCUUGCUUCACAAUGCCUAUGCACCGAAUCUAAACUCAGGCCUACAAUGUCAGUGGUAUUAGCCACGCUGGAACAACUUGAAUCCCCAAAGACUGCAGCCAGAAACUCUCAAUCAGAACAGCACACACUUCCUGUUCCUCGGAAGUCGCCAAUGCGACAACACCAUUCUCCUCUCAAUAUGCCACCAAAUGCAUCCCCAUUGGCAUCCCAAAGGCAAUCUGUACGUGUUCGUUAACAGAGAUGGUGUCUUUCUGUAAAUUACUUGUCUCUUGAUCCCAUAUUAUGUUCACAGAAUCGAGUUUGGGCAUGUAUUUUUCUCAGUUUUGAGUCAUUCUGAAGAGGUUACUACCGCCUGUAAUAUCUGAAGCUAUGUAGCUAUUUUGUAUUGGUAAUCUGCUUGAUGGUAUAGUGUAAAAAGUUGGCUAUCAGUUUAAUUCUGCAGGAUGACCGACGUUCUUGUCCUGUCACAACUGCCGGCGUCAAAUUAUCCUGGCGCCAAUACAUGCUAGUCUCGCGCUAGUAAAUAUUGUGUUAUCUGUAAUUAUAGUUUGCUAAUUCAUGAA